AUGAACAUUUGCAAACAUUCUGUGGUCGCAUGCACAACUUCAAACAAACAACAAAGUGGAAAUGAAAUCGUAUUCGCUCAUCUAUUAUACGUCAAUUAUCAAGUAGUUGGCCGUUCUCUUGGCCUGUCCAAUCAGCUUAGAUUGGCCGAUCGCUCUGGAACUAUAAAAGAUCGAGAAUAUGGCGAUUUAAAUAUCCCUCACUUCUCCACUCAACUGAGUUACCAAAAAAAACCAAUUAUCAUGACUAUCAACUACCUCAACAUCAGAUACGUCUUGGCACUUUUGGCCAUCUUGCUCUUCACUUGCCUUGGCGUCGGUCUCUCUGUUGGCGAAUGCGGUUGCAUCUUCUCGACCCACUGCCGAGCCAACGAUUACAUCUACGUGCAAAUGACUGGUCUCAUGGCUACUUCCCUAUGUCUCUUCAUGAUUGCUGCUGCCAUCUCCAUUGUAGCCGUCUUCAAGUGCAAUAAGUGGAUGAAUGUUGUCAAUUUUAUCAUCAUUUUAAUCGGCGCCAUAUUAAUGCUCGCCGCUCUCUGCAUCUUCUUCAGAGACUACCAUUACUGGGCCUCGCUCAUGGGAGGAAUUGCCAUGACGCUGUCAUUUGAGACCGCGGCUUUCAUACUCAUGGACCUCUUCACCAAGGAGCAGGUGGUAUCAGUGACUGAAAUACAAAUGAACUAA